AGCGUUAUCGAUUCAGUUGAGUUACCGCGUUUUACCUCGAACUUGCUUGUGUGACCACCGAAAUUGACAAGAAAAUAUGGCUCGUACCAAACAAACAGCACGUAAGUCUACCGGAGGAAAGGCUCCCCGUAAGCAGCUCGCGACCAAGGCCGCCAGAAAGAGCGCUCCAUCCACAGGAGGAGUGAAAAAGCCACAUAGGUACAGGCCGGGAACCGUCGCUCUUCGUGAGAUUCGAAGAUAUCAGAAAUCAACGGAAUUGUUGAUCAGAAAACUACCAUUCCAGCGCCUCGUAAGAGAAAUUGCCCAGGACUUUAAGACAGAUCUUCGCUUCCAGAGUGCAGCUAUCGGAGCCCUUCAAGAAGCAGCGGAAGCGUACUUGGUUGGUCUCUUCGAGGAUACAAAUCUUUGCGCCAUCCACGCCAAGCGAGUCACCAUUAUGCCAAAAGACAUCCAGCUCGCUCGACGAAUCCGAGGAGAACGUGCUUAAAAACACGUCUUUCUGAACUUGGACUUUUUAAUCUGCCAGACUUAGUGUGUGAAUUAUGACUUCAAAAAGCUUGAAAUUGCAAGUGGAGGCUUGGCAUCAGUCAAUGGAACGUAAACGAUAGUUAUAUUGUUAUCGUUUUUUGGCGCUCUUUUCAGAAACUAUGCUUUCUUCUGUGCGACUGAUGUCGGUGAAACCCGAACUCAUGGCUGUCUGAACACUUUUUUACUGCCAAUAUGUAUAAACUAAACUACUCUAGAGUAUUAUUUCGUAAAAAAUCAGGUUUUCGUAGUGAUUUUUGGCGACGAAACUCGCUAAAGUUACUACGCGAUUUUUCUAAGAUGGCGUCUUCGUGGCAGCUGCGUUGUUUGCCAUAGAUUAUAAAAGAUUCUCUAAAAGCUGAAUUUGUAAUUUAUGAACCAAGAUAACUCUUCCACCUUUUUUGUUUUGUUCAUCAUAGCCCAUACAUUUAAUGUUUUACCUAUCAAAAUAGUAAGCUAGCUUCGGUUAAAUAUCGACGACGAAGAAUAAUUCCCUUAGAAUAUCGUUAUAUCUAAUUUAUGUACAGUUCUUUCAGUCCGGACGUAGGCCUUAAACAGAUAAUAGUGUAUCAUAAAUAUCCACAUGUAUACGCAAACGUUUUUUAUGAGACUAAAUUGGGAAAAAUAAAACCCAGUUUUAACGCUA